CGCACGUUGAUGUGAGUGUGUUAUGUGUGUUUUCUUUUGCGGUAAUGCGGCGGCCCCGGUGAAAUGCACCUGAAAUAGAUCGAGGCAGGAGGGGAGGAGGACAAUUCUGUAUAAAAGACAGGCGAGGAUCGGCGGAGAGGGAGAGAAGGGCAGUACAUUUGAAGCUGGCAGCUGGAAUACAUCUGAAGAUAAUUUCCUGGGAGCAACACACAGUUCAUAAUUAGGUUAACAGAAAAUCGUGGCUUCAAUUUAUUUUUCUUCCUUUGGCCCUGGUGUCGCCCAGAGUACCCAGUCCAGAGGACAACUGGGUUUACUUUGCACUUGGGGAGCACUUAACUGGCCGAAAUGUUACCAAGGGAAGGGAGCCUAUUGCACUUUGGAUUGUUGCUCAUCUUAUCUCUGACCCAGCAGGUUACAUCCAUUGAAGUCCCUCUCGAUUUGGCCCAGCCUCCAACCAUCACCAAGCAGUCUCCAAAGGAUUACAUUGUAGAUCCACGGGAUAACGUUGUGAUCGAAUGUGAAGGCAAAGGGAACCCAACACCUGUAUUCUCGUGGACUCGCAAUGGAAAGUUCUUCAACGUUGCCAAAGAUUCCAGAGUGUCGAUGAGAUCACGGUCAGGGACUCUGACCAUGGACUUCCGAUACAGUGGCCGGGCAGAGGACUAUGAGGGCGAGUAUCAGUGCUCAGCCAGAAAUGACCAUGGCACUGCGCUCUCCAACAAAAUACACCUCCAAGUUUCCAAGGCCCCCCUGUGGAGGAGGGGGAACGUGGAGCCGAUCGUAGUUCAGGAAGGAGCACCCGUGGUUCUUCCCUGCCAACCACCCCCUGGACUCCCACCUCCUGUCAUCUUCUGGAUGAACAGCAAUAUGGAUUUGAUCCCUCAGGAUACACGGGUCUCUCAGGCUCUGAACGGGGAUCUCUACUUCUCCAACGUGAAGCGCAGCGAUGCUCGCUUUGAUUAUAUCUGCAAUGCCCGCUUCCCCUUCACUCAAACCAUCCAGCAGAAGAACCCCAUCACCAUCAAAGUGCUGACCAUGGAUACCAAUUACGAAUCAGUGCCAACUAUUCUGAAUGAAACUGGUGCUCGACCAGUCACAGAACAGAUUCCAAGGUUCAUGGUGCCAGUAGGGACAUCCAGCAGCAGAAUCAUUCUACGAGAAGAAGACCUAUUACUGGAAUGUAUUGCAUCAGGAGUGCCCACACCAGAUAUUGUUUGGUACAAGAAAGGUGGUGAACUGCCGUGGCCAAAGGUGCGAAUGGAAAACUUCAACAAGACACUAAGGAUCAUGAACGUUUCUGAGGAGAACUCGGGAGAGUAUUUCUGCCUGGCAUCCAAUAAAAUGGGGAGCAUUAGGCACACCAUCACAGUGAGAGUAAAAGCUGCUCCUUAUUGGCUGAAUGAGCCCCAGAACCUGGUGCUAGCUCCUGGGGAGUACGGCCGACUGAUGUGCCGGGCCAAUGGGAACCCCAAGCCCAAUAUCCAGUGGUUGGUUAACGGUGAACCGAUAGAAAAGGUUCGUCAGAAUCUGAAUCGGGAAGUCUCUGGAGACACAAUCAUCUUCCGAGAGGCGCAGAUUGGAACCAGUGCUGUAUACCAGUGCAAUGCUUCCAAUGAGCAUGGAUACUUACUGGCCAAUGCAUUUGUCAGUGUGCUAGAUGUAGAACCCAGAAUCCUAUCCAAACGAAACCAAAUCAUCAAGGUGAUUGAAAAUAAUCGGACACAGCUCGAGUGUCGAUUCUUUGGCUCACCAAUCCCCGUCCUGCGAUGGUUCAAGGAUGGACAGGGCAAUAAUCUUUAUGGAGGGAAUUACAUCAUCCAUGACAAUGGCACUUUAGAACUGCGUCGGGCUCGGAAAGGUGAUGAGGGAACUUACACCUGCAUAGCAACCAACAUGUUGGGCAAGGCAGAGAACAGGCUAAGGCUGGAAGUCAAAGAACCGACAAGGAUUAUAAAGGCUCCAGAGUCCAUCACAGUUAAGAAAUCACAUGCUGCCAGAUUUGACUGUAAAGUGAGGCACGAUCCCACAAUGCGUCUGAAGGUGACCUGGCUGAAAGAUGACAAAGUUCUCUCCUUACCAUGGAGGGCGAAGGAAGACGAGGAUUCUUUAACAAUCAUCAAUGUGUCUGAGCGAGAUGAAGGGAUCUACACUUGUGUAGCCCGCACAGAACUGGACAGAGACUCAGCCAAGGCACGUCUCACUGUUCUAGUCGUUCCUUCCACCCAAAUUACCCCGCUUGCAGCUGUACUGAAAGACCGCCCUGCACCUCCUCGAGAUCUGGAACUAACAGACCCAGAAGAUCGCAGCAUAAGAUUGACCUGGAUUCCCGGUGAUGACAACAACAGUCCGAUCACAGAGUUCAUUGUGCAGUAUGAAGAAAACAAAUAUGAGCCCAGAAAGUGGCAUAAUUUAACCAGAAUUCCAGGCAACAUCAACUCUGCAGUGCUGCAGCUCGCUCCAUAUAUGAACUAUCAGUUCCGGGUAAUUGCUGUGAAUGAAGUUGGUGAAGGUGCCCCCAGUAUGCCCUCUGAACGUUACCAGACGACUGGAACAGCUCCUGAGAUGAAUCCCACUGAUGUUAGAGGGGCAGGAAUAACGGAAUCCAGCAUGGAGAUCAAGUGGACGCCUCUGAGUGGCACCCAGGUCAGUGGUCCCAAUGUCAGAUACAUAGUCAGCUGGAGACGGCGGGAUGUGCGUGGAGAGUGGUCGACAGUCACAGUGACCAAGCCCAGUUACAUUGUCUCUCCAACACCCCUCUUUACGCCCUAUGAGAUUAAAGUGCAGGUGGUGAAUGAUUUUGGACCAGGUCCUGAGCCAGACAUCGUAAUUGGGUACUCAGGCGAAGAAUACCCCAAUGCAGCACCAACUAGUAUUUCUGCGAGGCAUAUCAACAGCACUGCUAUUCUACUGGCAUGGAGGGGACUACCGCAAGAAAAUAUCCGAGGAUAUCUCAUAGGCUACAGGAUUCAGUACUGGAAUGAGGGAAGUCUGCUGAAGACCAGUCGAUACCGGUCACGCGUUCAGGUUAUGGACUCCCCUGGGCAGCGCCCACGGGCCAUUGUAUCUGGCCUGCAACCAUACAGUAUGUACAAGCUACGAGUGGCGGCAGUCAACGGCAGAGGCGCUGGUGACUGGAGUGAAGUGUUUGCGAUAAACACCACUGAAGGAGUGCCUGGGAAGCCAGAUUCCCUCAGGAUCCGGCAGCCGGAUUUGGAAACAAUUACGUUGCAAUGGACUCACCCACGGUUUCCAAAUGGGAUUAUCACAGGCUACACAAUAAAGUACCACCCAUUAACUGGCUCCCGGGCAAGGCGCAAUUCCACAAUUCCCAGACUUCCUCCUGACAUGACCAGUUACAAGUUGGAGCGGGUUGAUGCGAAUACCAGGUACAGGUUUUACGUCUUCGCUCAAACCAAUCAAGGGCUUGGAGAGCCAAUUGUGUUGGACUCGCCUGACUUUGAAAACGAAGUCACCCCUACCGCUGAGAUUGCAAUAACAGAAGGAGUCAUCUCAAGAUUUGUUCCCGUCCCAACCAUUCCUACUGAAACCAGCAUCACAACCGACGCCACUACCACCAGUGUCACGCCCCCGACAACAAGCGUCGCGCCCCCGACCACCACCAUCACCGAAUUCGCUCAACCAGCCGUCACAGGCACUCGUGUAUAUGUGGAAGCUCCUGGUAGGAUAUUGAAGCUUACUACAUCAGCAGGCAAUGACUCCAUCAAUAUCACGUGGAGUCACACCUUCCCGAGCGAAAUGGCCGAGUUUACAGUUGAAUACAUUCACAGUAACGGCACGGUGAAACAAGAGCAGUUGAAGGCCGGUCAGAACACUACCCAGCUCCAGGGCUUAAUGCCUGGCACCCAGUACAAAGUGAGAGUGUAUUCCACCUUAUUCCCAUCAGUUACCAGCAACACCACCACCGUUGAGACCAGCCCAGGUGAGGCAGAACAGCUCCUCCACACGCAUGCCUGUAUGCGGUACAGCUCUCCCAUUCAUCCUCCAUUGUUGCUUUUCCCCAUGCACUGUGGACUGGGGCACAGGCAUAAAGGCCAAGAAGGAAUGCAAACUUACCCCUCGCUUGCGCUCUUUUGGCCGUGCAUGGCUUGUCAGUCGGUCUUACGUCAAGGAUUGCCUGCGUCCCCUUUCACCAACAAUCACGUAGACAUUGCCACUCAGGGCUGGUUCAUCGGCCUGAUGUGUGCGGUGGCUCUGCUGGUACUCAUCGUGCUCAUUGUGUGCUUCAUUAAGAGGAGCAAAGGAGGCAAGUAUCCAGUUAAGACCACGGAAGAGAACCGACCUUCACAAGAUGACAAUGGAUACUUUGACAACGAGGACAGCAAAAAACCUCAGGGCAGCCAGUCUUCAGUGGACGGGACGGUGAAGCAAGAGGAAAGCGAUGAUAGCAUCGUCAUCUAUGGCGACGGCGACGAGAAUUCCCGUUUUGGUGAGGACGGCUCCUUCAUCGGCCAGUACACAGUCAAAAAAGACAAAGAGGAGACGGAGGGUAAUGACAGCUCGGAGGCCACAUCUCCAGUUAAUCCUGCCUACUCCUUGGCACAGAUGUGAAGGGAAGAGAUGACAGCAGAGCAUAUGGGCACAGGUGCUACCAAGGCAGUAAAUACAUUUGAUUUAACUACCAAUAUUCGUACACAUGGAAAAACAAAAUUUGAUUGUCCAAAUUUGAAAGGCCAAGCAGUGAAGGAGACAAGAGAUGACACGUGAAGGAAAGGAGGGAAUAAAAGAUGCAAUGUGGAAGACAGAGUGGUUUAUUGGGCUUUGGAAAAACGUAGCCACCAUUUAUUGCAAAUAUACUCAAUAAUCUCUCCUGCAAGAGUAAGAAAUGAUGAUUUUACUCCCCAUCCACUUUAGAUUGCAAGUAACACCACUUUGGGGCAAUUUGUAACACUGUCUAUAGAUGUCGCUAGCUAGCACCUUGUCAUUCUCCAGUUGUAAACUCUGGCCUUGUACGUUAGAUGUCACCAGGCCACAGCUCUACACCGGAGGAAUACUCCAGGAGGAUUUUUAUCAUUAUGCUGUUUUUGACAGAAAACUUGCUCUGGGAUAUGACAACUGAAAUGAUACAAGGGGAGAUGUCUCUGCGUUCACUGGUCUCCCUCGCCACCCUCCCUUGUUUUGGAUGAUAUGCUUCUUAAAAACCAAAGGUUAGGCCAAGCGGAUAUUGGGAAACAUUUGGAACGAUGUUUAUUAAGAGCAACUCGACUUCCAAAGUCACUUACGCGCAUGGAGCUGCUUAAGUAUGGUGCACAGCACAGAUUAUUCUUUACAGAUGUCAUUUACCAGGUCGAGCCCUAGGGAAGAAAAUUCCAUUUUAGUCUUUGGCAUUGUUAGUGCUGCACUGUUGUCCAUUGAAUGAUCAGUUCCACCUCUUGUUUCCAUCCCCAGAGUCAGCAAAGCAGAACGUCCUGGUCUCACCCAAGAGAGUCUUCUGCUGAAUCUGUUUCCCUCAGUGGAAAACUGGACAUUCACUGACAUUCCACAAAUAAUUUUGCUUCAUACGGUUUGAGAUUCAAAUGAGCGGACUUCCGCUCAAAGAGAUGCCAUUGAUUUCUCAGCCUCAUCACAGCGGGCUUCCUGUAAAACUGCAGCCAUUCUUGGUCAUUUACAGUUAUUUUCAAAAUGGCAAGGUGCCAGCUCCCAUCCACUUGUGAUACAAACUCCAGCUCACAACCAUAAGUAAUAUUCAAUCCCAGUGGUGACACAUCUCCAUCCUUCAACCAUUUUAAUUAUUGACCUCAGAUUCCACCUCCUUCAGUUAACAAUCCUUGAUAUUUCCUCUGCUCAGAUUCAUUUUCUCAGUUAAUAACACCUUUGCUCCUUGUUCUAAUCACUUCCCUCACUCCUAGCAGACAAACUGUAACUCAUGUUCUGUAUUGAUUUUUGUCCAACUUAGUGGAACAGGCAAGAAGAGUAGGCAACUAUUUAAUGAUCCAUAUCUAACAUCCCAAAACCACUGAAGCAAUAAAAAUAUCAAGACUUGUACUGUCUUAAUCUUCAGACUGUGACCUUGCAUUGAACCUCACUUAACAUGGCCCCUUUAUGAGAAUUAUUAUUUUAGUGCCAACAUAGUCAAAUGUUUGAAAGUCAAGAUUGAAUUUUCUUUUCACAGAAGCAACAAUAUUUAUAAUGUCUUGGACAGUUUUUAUAUUUAACUUAACGGUUCAGAUUGCCUCUCUAAAAUUAGAAACUCUGUGCCAAAUUCUCAGUGCUGUGAAGUUCUUUUCAAAGUAGAGGUUUUCGGCUCCAACCUGUUCAUUUUAGUAACUCCCAGUCCUAGAACUCCCAGGUCCCACCUGUUCAGUUUGGACCCUCUAGUUCUCUCCUUCCUUUCUUAAUUAUUCUGCUUUCCACCUUCUUCAGUUACUCCUGGGGUAGUGGCAGUGGGAUGGCAGAGGCAAAAAUGAGGGAGGUGCACAGGUAGAAGUCUAUGAGCUCUUGCUUCCCAGUGGAUGUUGGCUUGGAGCAGAUGGAGUUGGAUUGAUAGGUGUUCAGAGAAGGUCCAACAAGACCAAAGUAAGAAUGAAGAAUGGAAAUUGGUAGGCCAUAUUGGACAGGAAGGCAGGAAGAGUAGACCAUUAGGCCCUCAAGGACUGUUCCAGUGUUUGAAACAACAGCUGAUCUGUGGCCAUGUAUCCACUUUUGCCCUUCAAUAUCCCUUAAUAGCUUUAGUUCAUAAAAAUCCAACAAUCUAAAAUUAACAAUGAUUUAAAAUUUAUAGAUGAGGUUCAAUCACUCUUUAACCUACUGCUCUCCAUCCAUCAGCUGGGAUAGAAAGAAGUAUCAAUAUUUUGCAACCACAAAAUGAGGUUUUUUUGCUGCUUUGAUUAAAGAAUGCAUAUAUUGGAAGGAGGAAAAGAUCAAAGUCCUCGGAAUAGAAAUUCAUCCUCUGUUGUUUAAACAUACAAUAUAUACAGUGUAGUAAUGUAUAUGGGGUGUCACUUCAAUGCAACCACAUUUCUAUUAUCAAACUUCAUUGUCUAUAGGUUACUACAACAUGGGUUUAUUGCAUACAACAGAGGUUGAAUUUCCUUCUCUUUAAUUCUUAAAACUCAUAUCUUUUUGUUUUGCAUAAUGCAAAUUCCUUCUACUUUCCUAAUUGCCAAUUCCGAAGAGUUCCACGUACCAUAAAGUUGUUCAGCACGGAAACAGGGUUCGUCGACACGUGAAGUGCAUGCCGGCUAUCAAGCACCCAUUUUACACAAAUCCCAUUUUAUUCUCCCCAUAUCCCCAUCAAUCCCCACUCACCAACAAAUACUCUUUGGGAUGUGGGAGGAAACUAGAGCACCCAAGGAAACCCACAUGGUCACAGGGAGAAUGUGCAAACUCCACAUAGCACCAGAGGUCAGGAUUGAACCCGUGUCACUAGAACUGUGAGGUAGUUCUGCACCACAGUGCCAUUUCACCCUGCUCUUCACAUCCCCUAAUCUGCUGCAGAAACACUAGUCAUUCGUUCCUUCUCGACCUGAAUUUUCCAACGCUCUGUGGUUGGCCUGCUACAUUUUACCUUCUGUAAACUUGUCGUCCAAAGUUCUCCAGCCUGUGGCUUAACUCACACCAGGUCAGACAUUGUCCCUGAGCUCACUGACCUACUCUGUGCUCCUGAUUAAUGCCUCCUUCUCACCCUUAUUUAUCAAUCCUUCCAUAAGAGAUAGAAGCAGGGGUAGCCAUUUGGCCCCUCCUCUGCUCCAUCAGUCAGUAAGAUCAUGGUAGAUCUUUUGCACGUCCGUAGCCUUUCCCCUCCCUACCUCUGUAAUCCCCUCCAGCCCAACAACCCUCUGAGAUCUGUGCUGUCACAAUUUUUGCCUUUUGAUCAUCACAAUUUUGAUUAAUUCCCCAUUGACAGACGUCCCUUCAAACAAGAAAAUAGCAGGAGGAGUGGGCCACUUGGUCCUUCAAGCCUGUUCUGACAUUCAAUAUGAUUAUGUCUGAUCUCCCCCAGGUCCCAACUCCUCUCCUGUGCCAGUUCCCCAUAGUCCUUAAUUCCCCAGUCUUUCAAAAAUUUGUCUGCUGUCAAUGCCCAGAACUCUAGAGUUCCCUCACAGUACCUCUCCAUCUUACCCUCCUUUAAGGCAAUUCUUAAGCCAGUUCUUAAAACCUACCUCUUCUACCAAGCAUCUUCCUAUGUGUCAGCCUGAUAACACUCCUAUGAGGCCUAUUGGGACAUCUCACUAGGUUAAGGGUAUGAUGUAUAUACAAGGUGUUAUACUCACAUCCAGUAUUGUCAGGAGCCAAUAUCAAAGAAUUUUCACUUCCUUUGCCACAACUUAACCUUAAUCUUAGUCAAAUAAAAUGUUUACAGUAGCCAUGGUGAAAUAAAAGCCAUCAUGCUACCAUCCAUACCCCACGCCAUACCAAACCUUGCCCCAUUCCACUUACCAGCUCUUCUCAGGUUAUUUUAAUGACUUAUUGUUGGGGCAAGUUCAGAACAAGUAAGUUGCCUAUAAAUGUCAGUCGUGUUGACAUUGCCCACAUAGUGAGAUAUCAGGUAGAUGUCCAGGGCAGCCGUAACUGUGAGCUGAAGCCCAUUUCACACUCAUAUCCAGCCUGCCCUUUGUACAAGAGAAGUAUACCUUUUACACAAAAAGUAUGUGCUGUUAUGUGCCAUUAGAAGAUGAUAAACAAACCAGUACUUUCCUCACCAGCACAGCCAGCCAUCCUCCCUGGCAUUAGCUCAGUGUCGAACUUCCCAGCCCCUGUGCCACCUCCUCUUUGUGAGGAACAGCUGUACACUUUAAACAGUAUAUUGUGCAUGGAUGGUGCCUUGUUUUAAUAUACCUUGCUGCUUGGUUUAAACCCAUAAACGCAAUCAUAUCACAAUGAAGAGCAUCUAGUUUGUUCUUCUCUUCACCCCAUUUAUUCUUGUCUCCUGCUCUGCAACACGUCAGUGUAGUCAUAAUGUUUUUUCCACCAACGUCUCUGUCUGCUGUGUUAACAGUGGCCUUGUGAGAAAAAACAGCUGAUCAGAAGUCCAUUGCGCCAAUGUGCUUGUGUGCAUCAGCUAAUCAUUUGCAACUUUCUCAUCUACAGAAUUCUUUGCAUACUCAAGCACAUGUUUCGUAUUUUAAUGUUUUACUAGUUGGCAAAGCCCAAUGAUAAAGCUCAUUUGCUUAUUCUGGCAAGCCUUCUUUAAAAGAUGUUCAGUCACCAAGUCAUCUAGGCUCCUUGGAUGGAUUAUUGACAGGACUUUCACACUGAUCAUAGUGUGUUCAGGUGAGGGAGGUGGGCAGAGAGACAAAGGAACUUGAUAGUCAAUAGUUCACUAGGCUGAGAUGGAGAAUUUCCUAUGCAGGAAAUGAUGGCUUCCCAUCUUUGGUCCUAUGCAUUAUACUGUUUCUUUCGAUGCAUAUUUCUGUAUAUAAGUGUAAAUAGUCACUUUUAAAUUUAGUGCCAAAUUUUGUUUGAGGAACCUCAGGAUAUUGCUCCAAAAGACACUCGUCAGUGCAAAUCGUUGUUGCUUUGUGAAGAGUAAACAUUGAAGGUAAAAAAAGAAUAAAAUUUCCAUGGCAUUAACAGAUUUUAGGAACAUUGUUUGGCUCAGUGAGUGAAGCAAUGGACAUUCCAUCACUUAGAGACCAAAGCAGACCAGGCUGGGCUGGUUGAACUGAAUAUUCCAGUUUUUAAAUGUAAUCCAAGUGAGAAGCCUGUGCAUUUAUUUUCCCCAUUUUUCAUAGCGAUCAUUGAGAUUACUAAAUCUUGCAAUGCAUUCUCAGCAGAAUCCAGUUCAGUUAACCAUUUUAAAUCCGACAGAUAAGUGUCAUGUGCAAUAGAAGGUAAGAAGCCAAGCCAAUGGCUGGAGUGAGAACACUGAUCAGCCAUCACCUCACUGACUGGCAGGCAGAACAGGCUUGAGGGACCGAAUAGCCUCCUCUUGUUCCUAUCAGCAGCAAAAAAAAUUGGACCUUCAGCCAUGAUCCUAACCAUCAGUCCAUUCCCAUUGUGUCCCCCUUCCAAAAAUCCACAUGGGAGUGAGGGGUAACCCAGACUUGCAGCUUACAGUUGAUGCCAAUGGUGGUGUUCUGGUUCUUGAACUUAUUCCUGGCAAGACACGUAGUUGUGGUUCUGUUUUGCCUGCUGGAAGCUAGCCUACCCUCCAAAUGAGUUGCAUUUAUAAAGCAAAUCCAGUGUAGUAACUCAGCCCAAAGUGCUUUACAUGAGGCAAAUCUUAAGGAAAUAUUGGGACAGAGACCAAAAGUUUGGUCACAGCAAAACUGACUUCUAAGAAGCACCUUGAAGUGUUGGUGAGACACUGGAGUUCCAGAGUUGAAACCUAAGCAGCCAAAGGCAUGUUCACCUGUGGUGGAGUGAUGGAAAUAGAGAUGCACAGGAGAUCAGAAUUGUAGUCACAUUGAGCGUUAAACCUGGAGGAGGUUACAAAGGUAGGAGGUUGGUACUGUGGAGGGACUUGAAGUUGAGAAAGUUUAAAAUUGAGGCAUUGCCAUUGCAUGAGUAGGCUGCUACAGACCAUUGAUGGCACAAAUUAGAUGUUAGUAACCUGGCGUCAACAGGAGAGGUUCAAAUUCAAAAUAAAAACCUGCAAGAGUAAACACAGCCAUGGUGUGAACCUUUACAGAGAAAAUGAAAUCAGAACCAUGGUCCUUUUGGUGACUGAUUAAUUGCUAGAAGUGAGGACCUUCCUCCCUUAGAUGCUGCUAACCUGAGAAGAUCCAAAGGAUAAUGAUGGCUUUGUCCUUGGCGGGUGACUGAAGAUUCAUUAAAAUAUUUCUAAUAAAUGUAUGUACUCUUUGACAUGCAUCUGUGCGAGCAGUUUCCAUUCUUUCUGUCUAGAUAUUUUCUCACCCUCAUUCCAAAGGUUCAGUCACUUGGUACCAAAAACAAUAUAACAUUAGCAGAAACCAUCCUAGUGACCACUUCUUUCAAGAGUCCCAGUAGCCUUAUCAAAGUAAUGGUGUUUGAUCAUCUGUAGUAGUGGCCAGGUUGUAGAUAUUCCUCAUAUAUCACUAAUAAAUUAUUCAUUAGUGUUGAACCUCCUUUUUGCCCUUGUACAAGAUGUUUGUCUGCACGUACACACAGGGAAGUGGCAAGAAAAUAUACUCAUUUUCUUUAACUGUAAAAAAUGUCAUUGAUAGAGACAGCAUUCCCUCUAUUGUCUCAAGCUUCUCACAGACUAUAAAUACAUAAAAUUCUAUAAAGUUCUGGUAAUUAAGGAUAGCUCUGUAAACAUGUAACUAUCUCUGGUAUAUCAAGAGAUCCCACAACAAAUGUUGAUAUUAUCGUUUCAAGGAAUAGCAUCUCAUCUUCUGACUUGACAUUUUCUCCUUUUAUUUCAGUGUUCCAGUGUUUGCAUCUCACAGUCCCAACACAAUCCUUUUUCUUUCUCCUCUUCCCUCUCUGCUUUCAUUCAUCUCCUCAUGUAGAUCAUCUGUGAUUAACAAGUCUUCACCACCCUCUCUCAGCCAGCACCACCACCAUCUCUUGUGGAGUCAGUCUCUCUUUCCACCCCUUCCCCUUUACAUUUGAUUUCUAACAUUUCUCAGUUCUGACUUGAAAUGACAGGUUUUAAGUACCUGAUUCAGAUUAAAAAGUACUCUAUAUUUUUGGCAGAGCUGGCCUGGUUGUGUGUUGAACCACUAGGAAAGUUAGUUAGUGACAGAGAAUGCUUCUCUCCAAACACAAGAAGUCAGGGAAGUCUAGUCAAAUUUAUUGUCAUGUGCACAAGUCCAGUGAGGUACAAGUACAAUGGAAAACUUGCUUGCAGCAGCAUCAAAAGCACGUUGGUACAGACAACACUCAGAAUAUAAAUUAUACAUAAAUUAUACAAGGCAGUGAAGAGAGAGAAAAAAAGACUCUGCAACAUUAAGACAUCAGUGCAAAAAGAAGACACAAUCAGAGGCAAGUCCAUGAUAAUGCAAGAGGUGGUCCAUAAUGUUCCAUUGCUGAGGUAGGAUUAGGCUUGUGCAGGUCUGUUCAAGAACUUGUUGAUUGUAGGAGAGUAGUUCUUUCUGAACCUGGUGGUGUGGGACUUCAAGCUUCUGUACCUCCUGCCUAACGGCAGUAGUGAGAAAAGUGCAUGACCCGGAUGGUGGGGAUCCUUCAUGAUAGAUGCCACCUUCUUGAGUGAGUGCCUCCUGUAGAUGCUGUCAAUGGUGGGGAGGGAUGUGCCUGUGAUGGACCAUAAUAGAAGAAUAAAGGAGAGCAAAGACACUUGUAAAUGAUCAGUAUAGAUUGGACCUUGUUAAUGAACAGGGAAGUGAUUAGGCUAAUGGAUGCUGGAAGGGGCUUAAUCUUGCUAAAAAUACUGAAUCCAUUUUUAUUACUAAAACAUAUGGACGAUCCGAGCUUGGGCAUAGCAAUGUAGUGGGAUCAACAUACUUUGGAAGAUCAGUUUGACAGUACGGACAAAGCAGGUAGAAAUUACAAUUUAAUAUGAGAAGGAUAAGGGGAGACUUUUUGAGAUUACGACAUUUAAAAAACAUUUGGACAGAUACGCGGAUAGGAAAGGUUUAGAGGGCUAUGGGCCAACCGCAGGCAAAUAGGACUAGCUCAGUUAGGCAACUUGGUCGGCAUGGACAAGCUGGGCCGAAGGGCCUGUUUUCCGUGUUAUAUAUAAUCCUCUGACUGUAUGAGAGGAAAAUGAAGAAUGGAGGAUGGGACAUGGAAAGGGGUGGAGACAAACAGAGAUCUAGGCAAUUAAAUACUUGGAAAUGUGAAUCUGCGGAGAAAAGGCCAAAUAGAAGAUUGUAUUUUGUUAUCAUUCAGUUCCAGCCACCCACUAAAGGACACAGCCACUACGCAGCGCCAGUACUGUGAUACAGUUUAGAACCAUUUUUAAGAUUGAGACCAUUUCCCCAAGGAAAACCAGAAGAGUUAACAAACAUUCUUAAACUUAGGGAGGUGAACGAGGAAAGAUUAUUUCCUCUGAUUAGAGGGACGAUAUCAGGGGCCACAAAUUUAACAUUUUCAUUAAGAGAGUGAAGAGCAACAUCUGGAGAAGUAUCUUCAGGCAGUGAACUGCUGGAGCAUUCAAUACCUUGCCACAGACAUUAAUGGGCUUUUUAAAGUAAAGGUUGAUAAAUCUUAAAGAGAAGGACUAAACAACCAGAGAGCAGGUGAGUGGCAGUGGUUUUGGAUUGCUUCAGCAAAGAGACAAAACAAAAUUCAUGGGCUGAAUGGCCUUUUUCUUUGUUGGGGUCCAUCAAAUUCAGAGAGGUUCAGAGAAAAGGUCCCACAAUAAUUGUCACAACAAUCAGAUGCCUGCAAACCCUACCUUUGUUGCCAUGUAGUAUCUCAAUGGGGAGAUUUCUUUCUGAGCAUUUGGUUUGAAACUAACUCACAUGCAUUAACCAAAACUGCUGGGUCUCUAACGACUUUGGCUCAUGUGUGAAUGAGGAAUCCUGGACUAAGUUGCACAUUUUUCUUUUCUCCCACUUAUGAAGAGAUUAAUAUAUUCCCUAUAUAAGAUAUACCUAUUGCUGAAGUAACUGACAUUCCCACAGACUGCAUCCAAGACAAUAAUGUAGAGUAACACAAGACGGUCAUAGAAUGUGUAGAUGAGUCUAAUAAACAUGGUUAUUUAAACUGACUGCAUGGGAGGUUGAAAUACCCAAGCCAUCCAGAUAUACUGUUUCCUCUGGGAAAACUGUAAAAAGAAAACUGACUGUUUUUGUAUAGAAACAAACUAAACAUAAAAUAAAAGCAUAUUGUU